CGUCAUGCUGCCAUGCGCCUCUCGAACCUUGACGCAUUUCCAAAAGUCCAACGCAAUAUCCAACAUGCGACGCAUACCGGCGGUCUCGUCACUCUCCUCGUAGCUGGUUUACUCGCCUAUCUCGCCGUUAGCGAAUUCAAAGCGUACAGAGACAUUCGACAAGAUUAUGAGUUUGUGGUGGAUGAGACGAGAAGUGCUGAGCAUGCUUUGCAGAUCAAUAUGGAUUUAACGAUUGCAAUGCCGUGUUCUUAUUUGAGGGCAGAUGUGUUGGAUGUGGCCGGGGUGUCGUUACCCGUCUCAAAGUCAUUAAAUGUUGAAAAGGUAGUUUUCGCAACGCGGGGGACGAGGCGGUUAGGGUACACGUCCGAUAAGCCCAAAAUGGAUAUUCACAAACUCGUCGGGCAAGCGAUGCGGAAUCGGGAGAAUGAUGGGGGAUCCACAACGCGAGGAGAGGAAACAGAAGCCUGCCGUAUAACAGGAUCCAUUAACGUCAAUAAAGUCUCGGGAAUGCUACAUUUCACUGCAUUGGGACACGGGUAUUUUGGCGGACAUACACCACAUGAAGCCAUGAACUUCACACACCGCAUUGAUCGCUUGUCGUUUGGACCCAAUUACCCCGGUUUACGAAAUCCUUUGGACCGGACCCUCGAAAUGGCGUCAACGAAAAUGGACAUGUUUCAAUAUUUUAUUGCCAUUGUCCCAACCGUCUACAUUGACCGAAAUCGAGCGUUUGGGAAACGGGCGCUGUUGACGAGUCAAUAUGCCGUGACGGAUUAUACGCGGUCCUUGACGGUGGAUAAUAAGCAAGGAGGGUUACCAGGUGUAUUUAUAAAGUACGAGAUUGAGCCGAUUUUGGUACGGAUUACAGAGUCUCGGCAGGGCUUUCUCCAUUUCUUAACGAGACUUUGUGGAAUUAUUGGAGGCAUUUUCGUCACAGUUGGGAUUACUCUGGAUUUAAUUCGAUGGGUGACCAAAAUCCUUCCCAAAAAGACAUCCCAUUAACGCUCAGAAAAACAGGCCCAUGUAGGGUGCCGUCAGGUGUACAUGGCGCUUCACGAUGCCUUGCACUGUUUUCAAGUGUUGUUUCCAGUUGGGUAUGUCGGACGGUGAGAGGGGCUUUGGAGGGGGUGGGAUGGUGUAGAGCGCGAAGAUGUCCCAGCAGAUACCGAGGAUGCUUGUCAGGUCCUUGGGUGAAAGAUCCGUCACCAUCAGAUGAGCAUGUGCAAGUGGAGCAGGCAGGAUCUGGGACUGUAAAGGAAUGUCUCGUGAGAAGGUGAUCGUAACGAGCAUCGUUUACGAAUAUCAUGACGAAUAGAAUGAAAUGAAAAAUUACCUUGCUCAGUAAUGUGAUCACUCGAACUGCGCUGUCGAACUCGUAGGGGUGUUGAGAAGGACUUCGAUGGGAUUGAGACCAGAAUGCGAUGCUGUAUGCCAGGAGGGGCCGAAACACGUCUACUGCGUAUACAGUCGCUUCAUAGUCUACGACAAAACAAGAAUUUCAGUAUAACGUCUGGUUUGUGAUUCAUGAUGACCGUACCCUGGCCAAUUACGUCCAAUACGCCCCAUAAUCCUCUAUGUGUUUGAAAAAUGUGGACGAGGGUCUUGUCGCGAGGGGUGGUUGGCAUGGCUGGGAGGGUGUAGCAUCCAAGGGGCGUCGGAGGGUGAUGUGUGAGGGAUUUGGAAAAAAGGCGAGCCAAGAGCGGUCGAUGCGAUGGACCUUGUCAAUAAAAGUGCGAUGAAUUAAACAGUUUUAUAUAGAGUGGUAAAGAAAAACCUGAUGAGCAUACCUGCCAAACCCGCCAACACACUCCACUCCUCACUCGUCAACUCCGCCCGUCGAACCCACUCCAAAACCCCGUACACAACUUUCUCACCCUCCAUACUCUUUACAACUUCUUCACAAAUCCCUCGUUCCUCACGUACUUGCAUCCAAAUGCCCAACACCGUCUCAAUCACCUCCGCCGGCCCACCGACCCACAAUGCCAAUGCCGCGUGUCGCGUAACUGGGUCGCGAACAUGUGGUUCAAGUAAACGGUAAUUGGGACGUAGGACGUGCGUAAAGCGGCGAAGGGAUUCGAGAAUGUGUGUACGUGUUUUGGGAGGGUAUGUGUCAAGUGAGACAAGAACCGAC